AGGAAGAGAAACUAAUCCAGCAGGAACUAAGUAAUCUGAAAGCAGCUGUUUCUGCUCCUACAACAACACUGAAAAUGAUGAAGGAAUGUAUGGUGAGACUUAUAUAUUGCGAAAUGCUUGGAUAUGAUGCUUCCUUUGGCUACAUACAUGCAAUCAAGUUGGCACAACAAGGAAACCUUUUAGAAAAAAGAGUAGGUUAUUUGGCAGUGUCUUUAUUUCUACAUGAAAGUCAUGAACUGUUGCUUCUCCUUGUGAAUACAGUUGUAAAGGACUUGCAGAGCACUAACCUGGUGGAAGUAUGUAUGGCACUCACUAUCGUUAGCCAGAUUUUCCCUCAAGAAAUGAUUCCAGCUGUUCUUCCAUUAAUAGAAGAUAAACUUCAACAUUCUAAGGAGAUUAUACGAAGAAAAGCUGUUCUGGCAUUAUACAAAUUCCAUCUCAUUGCUCCUAAUCAAGUACAACAUAUCCAUAUUAAGUUUCAGAAAGCACUUUGUGACAGAGAUGUUGGGGUCAUGGCUGCUUCCUUGCACAUAUACCAUAGGAUGAUUAAGGAGAAUUCAUCUGGAUAUAAAGAUUUGACUGGGAGUUUUGUAACAAUUUUGAAGCAAGUAGUUGGAGGAAAGCUCCCAGUAGAUUUCAAUUACCACAGUGUCCCAGCACCAUGGUUACAAAUCCAGCUGUUGAGAAUACUAAGACUUCUAGGAAAAGACGAUCAAAGGACAAGUGAAUUAAUGUAUGAUGUUCUUGAUGAAUCCUUACGAAGAGCCGAGUUAAAUCACAAUGUCACAUAUGCCAUUCUGUUUGAAUGUGUGCAUACAGUCUAUUCUGUUUAUCCCAAAUCAGAAUUACUUGAGAAGGCUGCCAAGUGCAUUGGAAAAUUUGUCCUGUCACCUAAAAUAAAUCUCAAAUAUUUAGGACUGAAGGCUCUUACCUAUGUUAUCCAACAGGAUCCCACUCUGGCUCUUCAACACCAGAUGACAAUAAUUGAAUGCUUAGACCAUCCUGAUCCCAUUAUUAAAAGAGAGACACUGGAACUUCUUUACAGAAUUACUAAUGCACAGAAUAUAACAGUGAUUGUCCAGAAAAUGCUUGAAUAUUUACAUCAGAGCAAAGAAGAGUAUAUUAUCGUCAAUUUGGUUGGCAAAAUAGCUGAGCUGGCUGAAAAAUAUGCUCCUGAUAAUGCAUGGUUUAUUCAGACAAUGAAUGCUGUGUUUUCAGUAGGAGGAGAUGUGAUGAAUCCUGAUAUUCCCAAUAACUUCCUGAGACUGCUAGCGGAAGGUUUUGAUGAUGAAACAGAAGAUCAACAAUUAAGACUUUAUGCAGUUCAGUCUUAUCUCACUUUACUAGAUGUGGAAAAUGUGUUCUAUCCACAGAGAUUUCUUCAAGUUAUGAGUUGGGUAUUAGGGGAGUAUUCCUACCUCUUAGAUAAGGAAACGCCAGGAGAAGUUAUAACCAAGCUCUACAAGUUACUUAUGAAUGAUUCCAUUUCUUCAGAAACAAAAGCCUGGCUAAUUGCUGCCGUGACCAAGUUGACACCUCAGGCACACUCUUCUAACAUUGUUGAGAGAUUAAUCCAGGAAUUUACGGUUUCUUUGGAUACUUGUCUGAGACAGCAUGCAUUUGAACUAAAGCAUUUGCAUGAGAAUGCAGAACUUAUGAAGAGUUUGCUUCCAGUUAAUAAGAGUUGUGAAGACAUGGUGGUAGAUGCUUCCUUAUCUUUUCUGGAUAGUCAUGUGGCUGAAGAACUCAGUCAGGGGGCAGCACCUUACAAACCUCACCACCAACGGCAGGAGGAAAAGCUUUCCCAGGAAAAAGUUCUCAAUUUUGAACCAUAUGGACUCUCCUUUUCUUCAUCUGGCUUUACUGGACGACAGUCUCCUGCUGGCAUUUCUCUGGGUUCAGAUAUAUCUGGAAACAGUGCAGAAAUAGGGCUGAAAGAGACAAGUAGCUUGAAGCUGGAAGGUAUACAGAAAUUGUGGGGGAAAGAGGGCUAUCUUCCCAAGAAGGAAAGCAAAACUGGUGAUGAAACGGAAGCUCCGCCUGUUUCUCAAGAGAGCAUAAUAGAGAAUGUCGACCCAACUAUAUCAAAAAAGGACCCAUCUCAAGUCCUUGCCCAAUCUAAAGAGGAGAAAGAAAAGCAGCUGCUGGCAUCGUCGUUAUUUGUUGGGCUAGGAUCAGAAAGUACAGUCAAUUUGCUAGGAAAAGCAGAUACCAUCUCUCACAAGUUCAGAAGGAAAUCAAAAGUCAAAGAAGCCAUAAGUGGAGAAAAAACCAAUGCUCAUAACAUGACCCGUUCUUCCUUUAGUUCUCCUACAAAUGUGACUUAUGAAGAAGAUUAUUACUUGGAUAAUUUGCGGGAUAGAAGAGACAAAGAAUUAGAGAAAUUUGCUCUAAGUGCAGAACUUCUGGGUUCCGAGUCACUCGCAGAACCGCCCUUGGUGGAGAAACUCUCAGAGUGCAGGCGGCCCGCACCUUCCUUGUUUGCUGAUGACAUGGAAGUGUUUCACCCUCCCCGGUCCACCUCAGCCUCACUUGCCGGUGAAAGCUCCUUAGCUUCUUUGUUGGAAGAAACUACUGAGCACAUGCAUUCAGAUCUUACGGAGGUCUGCAAUACUGAAACCAUGUCAUUGUCUUCUUACAAAAUUUGGAAAGAUGAUUGUUUAUUGAUGGUGUGGUUAGUUUCUAAUAAGAGUGGUUCAGAAUUGGAAGGUGUUAACUUAGAAAUUGCUCCUGCAGAAAAUUUCAAGAUCACUGAGCAACCCGGAUGCUGCUUGCCUAUAAUAGAAGCAGAGAACACAAAAAACUUUCAAUAUAGUGUGCAGAUGGAAAAACCUUUUACAGAAGGGAAUCUUUCUGGUUUUAUAAAUUACCAAAUGAUGAACACUCAUGCUGUUCAGCUAGAAUUUUCAGUAAACUUAUCACUGUUAGAUUUCAUUAGACCAUUAAAAAUUUCAACUGAAGACUUCGGCAAACUCUGGUUAUCCUUUGCAAAUGAUGUGAAGCAAAAUGUAAAAAUGUCAGAGUCUCAAGCUGCUCUGCCUUCUGCCCUGAAGACACUGCAACAGAAACUGAGACUUCAUGUUGUUGACAUUAUAGGCAGUGAAGGGCUGUUGGCCUGUCAGCUGCUCCCAUCCAUCCCCUGUUUGCUGCAUUUCCGAGUUCAUGGUGACGUAUUAGCCCUAUGGUUUAGAUCCUCCUGCUCUACUCUUCCUGACUAUUUAUUGUAUCAGUGUCAAAAGGUGAUGGAGGGAUCCUAGCAGAAGCUCUUAUAUUUUACUCCAUCAAAACAAAUGGUUUACAUACAUAAACUUAUUUACCAAAGUAAAUAAUUCAUGGUACUUCUAAUGAAAAUGGGGAUAAUUGCAAAUUGUGGUAUUAUGUGUUUCCUUUAUGAUUCCUGAUCAAGAAAGAUCCCCAAGAAACUGUAUCCUUAAUCUUUUACUCAGGAUUGUACAGUAUGUUUGGGUCCUAAAGAGUGACCUGAGCUAAUGUUAUAAACUGCUAAUGCUUUAUAUAUCACUUAGUGUAGAGGGACUGAAAAUAUUUAUUUUGUUAUAAGUAAUUUUAUAGCAAAUUUACUCUAGUGCUAGCCGAUUUGUAGUAAAGUCAAGUUUGAGUUCUGCAUUAAUGUGGGGGAGACAUGGAAUUGAAAACCCCAGACCUAAUUCACAUUUGGCUUUGGAAUGCAGUGUGUGCUUUUUGGUAGGCACGUCAUUACUUUCAAUUAUGUUUUGCUUAGUUCAGUGUUGAACUAAGUUGGCACAGCACACACUUAGUUCAAAAGAUCCAUGAGCAUGCUGGGUAUUGGGGAUCCAAUCUGUGAUACAGUUAUUAUAGAUAACUUGCUAUACAUAAUUGCAGAUAAUUUGGCUAGAAAGUUUGUUUUCCAUUUGUGUUUAUUUUUAAUAUUAAAAAUGAAUCACUGUAUUUCUAUGUUAAAUACUCAGAGCCAUUUGCAAAAUAUUAUCAUAGAGAAACAAAACCCACAAGAGCACACAUAUAAAAGGACUAAAGCAAACAUAUAAAAGGACUUCUUAGUUAUGGCAAAUCUCAUAGUUAGUUACCACUUUGGUUCUUUUAGCAGGUUGAAAUUUGUGAUUAGAGUAUAAAUGGUAAAACCAUUUUCCUGGCCUUUAAAUCCACUGGUAUGCAGUGGAUGCCACCGCAACAGUGACUAAGUAUACCAUACAGGUCUUCAGUAAAAGACAUCAUUUUCAUGUUAUAGUUGUACCUUUGUGGCCUCUGUCAGAACUAUUAUCAGUCUAAUAUGGACCAGAAUCUUGAGAUUGUACAUUAAGGUUAAAAACGGAAAUUAUAUUUUAUAAAACCUUAUGGUGCUGUGGAGAUAUUUAUUAUUUCUCUUUUUCUGACACUUCACCAUGGAGACUAUUCAGGUAAUAUAGUUUUAAGUUAUUGAAGCUAAUGCUCUGGUUAUUUGGUACUGUGUGUCGCCUAGGUGUGGAAUUCUGGUUUUAGGUUAUCUCACUAAUCAUAGCUGAUCUGAAAGACGCUAAGGGGAUUCCCCAGAGCCGAUAGAUUUCAUUAGUUAUUUGUGUCUAGCAUAUUCCUUCCUAAAAACAAAACAGUAUUUUUUAAAAUUAAGGUUUAAGUUAUUCAUUUAAAAAAUAUGUCAUACCUUGUUACGUUCAUGCUUUUAAAGACAGCAAAAUCUUGCUAUAAGAGCAAUGAAAAGUGACUGGAGUUUCCUGUGUAGGUUUCUCCUUUUAAAUAGAAGGUGAGAUUCAUCCUCAAGCUCCUAGCAGUGUCACGGUGAAGGGGACAUGCUGUCUGUGGAGGUGUGGUGGGCGCUGGUGGCUGCAUCAUCAGCUUCCUCUUUAUUCCUGCCUCUGUCAGCAGCACCCCCACCUGAUUGUGCUGUUACUCUGACAAAGAGAUAGGAAGUGCCCUCUCACUUUGCAGAGGGAUGCAGUUUGUGGCACAGGAGAUGCCCCGAUUUUUGUGCCCUUACUUCCAUGUGUUUGCAUGGUCACUCAGGCUGGGUUGAGUGUAGAGCAGUGGAUGUAAGGUGCCCAGCAAACCCGAGGACAGCUGAUCUGGGAGAGAUUACAAUGAGCUGCUGCGUUGUUACAAGGGUGCAGCAGCAGUUGUCAUGAGAGACAUGCUUGGCCUAUAGAUUGUCCAGUGGUGAGAGACGUGCAGUGGUAGGUGAGGGCUGGGAACAUGAUUUUGGGUCUUCCAAAGGGAGCGUGGUGUUAUUUUGUUCUUUCUGAACCCACUAAAUAAAAAGUAGGGUUAAAGGAUUUCUACUGAAAUGUUUAGUAGAAUGUUUACAAUUUUUAUAUUUUUAUGGUUUUAAAAACAGUAGGAAAGAGUAGAUUUUAAAGAACUUCAGAGCACUAUAUUUUCUGUCUAAACUAAUUCAGUGUUUUAAGUUCUAAAUCAGACAUCACUAACUUUUUUUGUAUUAUAGAUGUGACUACAAAGUAGGGAGAAUGAUUGCUGUUGGUAGAUCAUCUCCUCACCUUAUAGUCAUCAUUUAGUCAAGUGAAGUGAAGCUAGGGGGUGGGGUUACUCACCUGUGUGAAUUUUGUGCCAGGCAUCUUUGCUGAGAAUGCAGGUGGCAGCAAGUGUGAAUCUGGAGGGAAUGAAGGGAAGGCAGCAAAGUCUUAAGAGCAGGUAGAAGGAUCAAGCUCCCAGCAGAAUAGUCCCUGUGGAGGCAGGCAGAGCAGGCUCAGGGAACGUGGGUCUGAGUAAGGAUCCUUCUAAAAAACUGCAGAUGGGAGCUGAGCAGGUACCAAGUGCUUAAGUGCCAAGCAUGCCAACCACAGCCUGUGCUCUGCAGAGGAGCAUUGUUUUAAACAAUAUUCUAUCAUCUACCAAAUAGUUGUGGUAAAAAUGCAGUAUUUUAUUUUUUUCCUUUAUUUUAUUUCAUGUUAAUAAUAUUUUAAAAUAUCGAGCUAUUUGUCUUAAUUUUUAUGGAUAAAUGUGGUCUUUGUCUCAUGAUUGUGAGCCACUAAAGUGCACUGAACCUAUUCAUAUGUCUUUAAGGUGUUUUGCUGUGUUAAAAUUUUAGGAGGGAAAAAUGCAACAGAAUAACAACUUAGUAACCAUUGAUUACCUUGUUUUGGAGUUGAAUUCUGUAAUUUGAAAUAAUUCAGUGAAACAUCUAAUAAAUACAAAGUGAUCUAUA